AUGGGAGUCCCGGCGUUCUACCGGUGGCUGGCGGACCGCUACCCGCUGACCGUGUCGGACGCGGAGGAGGAGGAACCCGUGGAGCUCGAGCCCGGCGCCUUCGUCCCCGUCGACCUCCGCCGCCCCAACCCCAACGGCCUCGAGUUUGACAACCUCUACCUCGACAUGAAUGGCAUCAUUCACCCCUGCUUCCACCCCGAAGGCCGGCCGGCGCCCACCACAUACGACGAGGUGUUCAAGUCGAUUUUUGAUUACAUCGACCACCUCUUCGGCCUUGUCCGCCCCAGGAAGCUCCUCUACAUGGCAAUUGAUGGUGUUGCUCCAAGGGCGAAAAUGAAUCAGCAGAGGUCCAGGCGAUUCCGGGCUGCAAAGGACGCGGCUGAUGCGGCAGCCGAGGAGGAGAGGCUGAGGAAGGAAUUUGAGGCAGAGGGUAGGACUCUAGCCCAGAAGGAGAAGUCGGAGGCAAUUGACUCGAAUGUCAUUACUCCCGGGACGCAAUUCAUGUUUGUACUAUCUACGGCGCUUCAGUACUACAUACAAUUGAGAUUAAAUCAUACCCUUGGAUGGCAGUCUGUCAAGGUAAUAUUGUCUGAUUCCAAUGUCCCUGGAGAGGGAGAGCACAAAAUUAUGUCAUACAUCCGCCUGCAGCGCAAUCUUCCUGGAUUUGAUCCCAAUACACGCCAUUGCUUAUAUGGCCUGGAUGCUGAUUUGAUUAUGCUUGCACUGGCAACUCACGAGGUCCACUUCUCAAUUUUAAGAGAGGUGAUCUCCAUGCCAGGGCAACAAGAAAAAUGUUUUCUAUGCGGUCAAGUUGGGCAUUUGGCUGCUGAAUGCAGAGGCCCUAGCCAGGCUGAUAAUUCUGUGGAGCUACCUCCUAUUCAUAAAAAGAAGUACCAGUUUCUUAACAUAUGGGUGCUGCGUGAAUACCUGGCGAAGGAUUUGGAAAUCGUAGAUGCUCCCUUCAAGAUAAACUUUGAACGCCUUAUCGAUGAUUUUGUGUUUAUGUGUUUCUUUGUUGGCAACGACUUUCUGCCUCACAUGCCAACUUUGGAAAUUCGUGAGGGUGCCAUUAACCUUCUCAUGAGUAUCUACAGGGCGGAGUUCACAUCAAUGGGUGGCUACCUCACUGAUGGGGGCGAGGUUGUAUUGGACCGAGUGGAACAUUUCAUUCAGUCUGUUGCUGUCAAUGAAGAACAAAUUUUCCAGAAACGUGCACGCAUUCAACAGGCACGCGAGAACUAUGAAGAGAGAAACAAAAUACAGAAGGAAAAUUCUGAGGAGAACCAAUAUGUGGACAAGGUCAAGUUAGGAGAGCCAGGAUACAGGGAGCGGUACUAUGCAGAGAAAUUUAAAGAAGAGGCAGAAUCAAAACCCAUCGCUCAAGUUCGGAGAGAUGUUGUCCAGAAAUAUGUGGAAGGUCUUUGUUGGGUUAUGAGAUACUACUAUCAAGGUGUUUGUUCCUGGCAGUGGUUCUAUCCAUAUCAUUAUGCGCCUUUUGCAUCUGACUUAAAAGACUUGGCUGAAUUGGAGAUAACAUUUUUCUUGGGUCAACCUUUCAAGCCAUUUGAUCAACUCAUGGGGACACUACCAGCUGCAAGCUCCAAUGCACUGCCAAAAUACUAUGGUGAUUUAAUGACCGAUCCAAAUUCACCUUUGAGAUCAUUCUAUCCCAAAGAUUUUGAGAUAGACAUGAACGGUAAACGUUUUGCAUGGCAGGGUGUUGCAAAAUUGCCUUUUAUUGACGAAAUGCGUUUGCUUGCUGAGACGAGAAAACUAGAAGAUACAUUGACAGAAGAAGAGAAAUUCAGGAAUCGGACAAUGUUUGACAUCAUAUAUGUUCGGGACUCUCAUCCAUUGACUGCUCAGAUUGCGUUUCUGUAUCAAAUGUACAACCAUCUACCAAGAACAGAUCCUUAUGUUAUACCCAUUGACCCUGCUGCUAGUGGUGGAAUGAAUGGGUUCCUUUGUUUAUCUGAAAGGAACUGGUAUUGCAUCACUGUAACAUCUCCAGUUAAGGGGUUCAACGGCAUUGCCCAAAACAGAGUUUUGAAUGCUACCUACCUUAAUCCUCAAUAUCACAAACACAUCCCGGAGCCCCCAAUGGGGGUCAUCGUACCUGCAAAGAUAUUGAAACCUAGUGAUUUCAAACCCUUUCCUGUAUUGUGGCAUGAAGACAAUAGUCGCCGGCAAGCAAGAGACAGGCCUCAGGUUUCUGGAGCUCUGUCAGGUUCUCUCUUAGGAGAAGCUGCACACCGUCUGGUGAAAAACUCCCUCCAGAUCAGAUCUGGCAGCGCUGCCGGGCUACUUGAUAUGCCUUAUAGAGGUGCACCCUAUGGCCUUGGAAACAGACCAAGGCCUGCCGGACCAUUGGGAUAUGAGAGGGGUUUUGUGGACAAUUCAUACCAUCCACACAUGUCCAGAAGUGUCCCGAACUCUCAUCCUCAAUUCUUUGGUGAUGCUCAAGCUAACAGACAGCCUAUGCGGAUACUGGAACGUCCAAACUCCCGAAGCCAUGAAGCUAGUAUCCGCGCAUCAAUGUCAAAACUGACAAUCCAUGAAGGGCCAAGGCCUCAUCAGAAUAACAUGAUGCAGAAUUCCGGGUAUUGGUCCAAUCAACCACAUCCUAAUCACUAUGCUGGACCCCCACCCCAGCGCCCCAUGCAGAACAUCAAUGUUACACAUCAGCGGCCUUUCCAAACUGGAGGAUUCCCGCAGCAGCGACCAGUAAAUGGGGUUCCACCACCAUUACCUCCCAGUAACUGGAUUGGCAAGCAACCAAGUGGAGGCCCCACGGGUGUACCUGCAAAGCAUGAUCCGAGGACAGUCCUGGAUAGGCAGCCGAAGCAGGAUAACCCGAGAUCACAACAGGAUAAGAGACAACAGGCUACGAAGGUAUACCGUGUCAAAACCCAAGCUACUAAUGGUAAUGGUCUGUCAGAGUCGGGUAAACAGGAAGAACCCACAGCAUAACUUUGCUGCCCAGCUCCUGGAAAUUCGCACGCCGUGUUUAAUGUGUGUGGGCAUCCUGCUGCCAGGAGAUAAACAAUCUCUUGGUGUAAGCAGGCAUUGUUUUUCUUGUAUCCCUGUAAUUUUCCAUUGAUGAAUUGUUUUGUUGUAUUACAUGGAAAGGAGUUGAUUACAUUUAUGACAAGGGAUUUAGAAAAAAACCUUGUUAGUUGUUAGGACAGGAUAUGGGAAAAGCACUGCUGUAGUGAAGCUGUUAGGUGGAUAGCUGAAAAACUGUUUUGUGCUGACCGCUGAAUAAUCUCCCCCGCCCCACGCGACGGAUGAAUCACCUGCCCACCCGUAUCUUGUGAAAGAGUUGGGGGGCAGGUAUUCUUGGCCCUUCCGUGGAGCGAAGGUAAAUAAACCUUGACAUCAAGUUUCUGUUGUGUGGCAACCA